CCAAACAUUAUUCCAUAUAUAUUAUAUAGUGUCAACUAGCUUAGCUUCAAUUCUUGUUUCCUUCCUUCCAUUUCUGUCAUAUAUAUAUUCGCAUCUUAUGAGAAGAAGGAAAAUGCCAUCCAUUACAGUAGAUCCUAGUUUAGGCCUCCAAAUCAGCAAGCAACAUAGAAUAGAGGAGGAAAUUCCGGGGCUGAUUAAGGUUUAUCGAGAUGGUCACGUGGAGAGACCGCAGAUUGUCCCGAAUGUCUCGUGUUCAUUGCCUCCAGAAUUUGGUGUGACUUGUACUGAUGUGAAAAUUGAUAAGAGCACGAACAUUUGGGCACGUUGUUACGUUCCGAGAUGUGAUUAUAAUAAGGUUCCGCUAUUAGUGUAUUUUCAUGGAGGUGGAUUUUGCGUGGGCUCGGCUUCUUGGAGUUGUUACCAUGAAUUCCUGGCAAAAUUGUCAAGAAAAGCAAAUUGUGUGGUAUUCUCAGUGAACUACAGGUUGGCACCGGAAAAUCCACUUCCGGCAGCGUACGAUGACGGCGUUAAGGCAGUUAUGUGGUUAAGGCAACAUGCGGCGGCGGCGGCCAAAGAAUAUAAUUAUUGCUGGUCAAACAAAUGUGACUUUUCUAGUGUUUUCCUAGGUGGUGACAGUGCGGGAGCCAAUAUAGCCCACAAUGUUGCCAUAAGGUUAUGUCAAGAAUUUAAACCCUUAAACCCUUUGGUCAUAAAAGGGACCAUUCUCAUACAACCAUUUGUGGGAGGAGAAUCAAGAACUUAUUCGGAGAUAUACACGGCGCAACCGUCGCACUCGGCGCUCACAUUGGCCGCCUCCGACACGUAUUGGCGGCUAGCACUCCCCGUGGGGGCUAACCGUGACCACCCGUGGUGCAACCCAAUUAUUACCACAAAUAUGAAGGAGGUGAUGAGGGUUCCACCAAGCCUAGUGGUCAUAUCGGAGCUAGAUAUAUUGAAAGAUAGGAGCUUGGAGUUGUGUGGGGCUUUGAGUAGAGCUGGUAAGAAAGUGGAGUUGUUUAUGUGCAAAGGUGUUGGCCAUGCAUUUCAUAUUCUUAGCAAGUCACAGCUCGCACAAACAAGAACUGAUGAAUUGAUUGCUCAGAUCAAGACCUUCACCGCCACCUAGCUAGCUCAUAUCAUUAACAAGAAGCUAGCUAGCUAGCGCAGCCAUGAUUUAAUGUUGUCUACUGUAAAUUAUUACAUGUUUUAGUUUAAUGCAAAAGUAAAAGAAAUUUAAUAAAAAGAAGCAGCCAGAUAUGUUACAUAACUUACCUGGCUUUGCCUAGCUUUUACAUUUUGCUCAUGUAUUAUAUAUAUUGUUACAUUUUGUUUGGGGAACGUUUUUACA